GCCGCGGUGCCGCGCUCCCGGCCGCCGGGGGUCGGGCACCGGGCGAUGUAGGGCGCGGGGCCCGGCGGGGGCAUGAAUGGUGCAGCGAGAGGGGCGGGCGCCGCGCUCCCCCCGCGGCGGCGGGGCGGCGCGGGCCGCUGACACGUGCGGCGGCGCGGCGCGGCGGGGCGCCCCCGGCUCCGCGGGACGCGGGGCGGCGCAUGGGGAAGGAGCCCGGCGCGGCGAGGCACGGCGCCUGCCGCUUCUCCUUGCGGAGCGCUGCCAGCUCUUCCUGGAAGUCCUGAGUCGCGCACGGCGCAGUGAGUUCAUGCACCUCCUCGCCAAGCCUCAGCCUGCGGGAUCUGGGGAGGCUGCCGCCAGCACACCGCCCGGUCCCCCGCGCCCGCUCGCCGCCGCCCGGGGGUCUCUCCCGGGGGCCCCCUCCGCCGCCCCCUCGCACAUGAAGAUGUACGUGCAAAGGGCUCUGGUGCUGCUCUCGCUGCUGAGCUUCGCCACCGUGAGCCUCUCGCUGUCCUCCUGCACCACCUUGGACCUGGACCACAUCAAGAAGAAGAGGGUGGAAGCCAUCCGGGGGCAGAUCCUGAGCAAGCUGCGGCUCAAGCCCCCGGAGACCGUGGGGCCGGCCCAUGUGCCCUACCAGAUCCUGGCCCUCUAUAACAGCACCCGGGAGCUGCUGGAGGAGAUGGAGGAGGAGAAGGAGGAGAGCUGCUCUCAGGACAACACCGAGUCCGAGUACUAUGCCAAAGAGAUCCAUAAAUUUGACAUGAUCCAGGGCCUCCCCGAGCAUAAUGAGUUGGGCAUUUGUCCAAAAGGUGUCACCUCCAAUGUGUUCCGCUUUAAUGUGUCCUCAGCAGAGAAGAACAGCACCAACUUGUUCCGGGCUGAGUUUCGGGUGCUGCGUGUGCCCAACCCGAGCUCCAAACGCAGCGAGCAGCGCAUUGAGCUCUUCCAGAUCCUUCGGCCGGAUGAGCACAUAGCAAAGCAGCGCUACCUCAGUGGCAGGAACGUGCAGACACGGGGCUCCCCUGAGUGGCUGUCCUUCGAUGUCACCGAGACUGUGCGUGAGUGGCUUCUGCACAGAGAGUCCAACCUUGGCCUGGAAAUUAGCAUACACUGUCCUUGCCAUACUUUUCAGCCCAACGGAGACAUCUUGGAGAAUUUGCAUGAGGUCUUGGAGAUCAAGUUCAAAGGCAUUGACAGUGAGGAUGACUAUGGCCGUGGGGACUUGGGGCGCCUGAAGAAGCAGAAAGACUUGCAUAAUCCCCACCUCAUCUUGAUGAUGUUACCCCCACAUCGGCUGGAGAGCCCAGCGUUGGGAAGCCAGAGAAAGAAACGGGCCCUAGAUACCAACUACUGUUUCCGGAACCUGGAGGAGAACUGCUGCGUGCGUCCUCUGUACAUCGACUUCCGACAGGACCUUGGCUGGAAAUGGGUCCAUGAGCCUAAGGGCUACUUUGCUAACUUUUGUUCGGGCCCUUGUCCGUACCUCCGCAGUGCAGACACCACUCACAGCACGGUGCUGGGCUUAUACAACACGCUGAACCCUGAGGCAUCCGCUUCGCCCUGCUGUGUCCCCCAGGACCUGGAGCCGCUCACUAUCUUGUACUAUGUCGGAAGGACCCCCAAAGUGGAGCAGCUCUCCAACAUGGUGGUGAAAUCCUGCAAGUGCAGCUGAAAGGCACCCUGGCCCACCCAAAGCCAAGAGAGAAACUGUCAGCACCCACUCUCCUGCUCCCAGGCUAACACAAAAGGAACUUGGGGUCAGAGACUACGCAUGCUGAGGGCCGAGUGCCAAACCCUGUGGCUUAGGGUCUGGCAGCCCUUGGGGAUCUCUUCUGGAACAUUUCUUGGUCUUGUUGGCAUGUCAUGUUCCUUCUGGGAGUUACUUUGGUGACACGAGGGCCACACUCUCCAAAAUGGCUGGACAGUUGGUGCGGAAGAGAAGGAUAGGGUGGAGGAACUGCUGUGUAUUUGAAUACUGGGUGGUUGAGCUGGAAGAGCGAGGGAAUGAGAAAGAGCAGGUGAAAGGGGGACUGGAAAUGGGGAGAUGUUGUCUAUUCUAGCUUUAGCUAUCUUAGGACCUCAGCCCUCCCCACUGGCCUGAAGAAUUAAACCUUUCCCCUGUAGGAGGGAACCCUGAAAGUUUCUUUAGAGAAAGAAAAUGCACCAAGAAGGGAAGCUGCUGAGAGAAGAAAUGCUCAGAGAUACACUUAGACUUUUGUUCCUCAGAGCUGUGAUCCAGGAGUCCUGCGA